CAACUUGCAAUGUUUGCCUGAACAGCUGUUUCCAACCAACAGAAAGAUUUUGGCAUUUGUUUAAGAAAAUAGAAAAAUGUUAAGACGUAACGUAUUUCAUAUAAUUCGAUCACAGCAAAUAAAUGGUCAUUUGCAUCGUGCAUUACAUCACGAAUUUACACAAACGGAGCCACAAAAGGAAGAUAGCAAAGGCAAUAAGAAUCGGAAGGUUUCUCCUUUAGCCGAGGCAGGCGCUGCACAAAAAUCUGAAUUGCCGUUGCCAGGGGUCAUGCGACAUAAAUACAAAGUAUUCCACGAUGAAGAUGCCAACGAAAUUUUUGAUGUCGAAGAGGAACGUCAACGUUAUCAGUUAGAGGAGGAGCCAAAGCAAAUGGCGAACGAUGAAUUCUUGGGGCUGGACUUGAAUCAUGGCAAACAUGGUGUAUUCGAUGUAGAGGAUCUAGUUGAUGUGUUGCGGAAAGAGAGUGCAGAAGAUAUUUUUGUAUGCUCUGUGCCGAAAGAUUUGAAAUACGUUGAUUAUAUGGUGGUGUGCAAUGGGCGCAGUUAUAGACACAUGUUGGCAAUUGCGGAAUUUGUAAGGCGCAUCUAUAAAGUCAAACGUCACAAGGGUGAGGUUAUGCCGAAGAUUGAAGGUGAAAAGAGUCGCCAGUGGAUGGCUUUAGAUUUAGGUAACAUAGCCUUGCACGUGUUCUCGGCAGAAGCACGUGAACUAUAUGAUUUAGAAUCCUUAUGGGCUAUUGGAAUUAAAUAUGAUAAAGAAAGCAAUAAGCCACAGGAUCCACUUGUUGAGCUUUUCGAAAAUUCUAUAAAACUAAGUGACAUGCAACCAAAGAAUACAUUGGCUAAUCACUGAUCAAGCACGGUCAUCCAGAUGAGUUUGUAUAUUUUGUAUUUAUUACAUAGGCCGUAGUAGUAAACACUAGUUAAUGUUAAAAUAA